AUGGCGUUCUCUGGACUAACCAUCGAGUUCACCCCUACAUCUUGGGUUCUCAUAAUUCUGGCAGUCACCAGCAUCGCCUAUGUGGCAUCCUCUUGUAUCGCCUGGUGGCGGCUUCGCCACUUCGAUGGCCCCUUCUCCGCGUCCUUUUCCUACGUUUGGCUCACCGCUGCCUUGUACGGCGGCCGUAUGUAUGAGCGGCUUGACGAGGCACAUGCUCGACAUGGCUCCGGGCCCUCGACAACCAUCCGGAUUGGUCCCAACGAGCUGCUCACCAGCAACCCAGAAGUCAUGCGACGGACCGGGGCGGCACGGUCUCAGUAUACGCGAUCCGGAUGGUACAAGUUGAGCACGGUUGAUCCUUACAUCCCCGCCAUGUUCAACACACUCGACACGGCCACUCAUGACAAGAUCAAGGCCCAGACGGCGGCGGGUUAUGCCGGCAAGGAUAUCCCGAGCCUCGAGGCAGAUAUUGACGCGGUGCUGGCCGAGAUGGUCGAUAAGAUCCGGACCAAGUAUGCGAGCGGGGAUUCCAACGAGGAGGCGGCCAAGAGGCCGAUGCUGGACUUAGCCACCAUCGCGCAAUAUUUCACCCUUGAUUCCAUCUCCCAGGUCUCAUUCGGAGAGAAAUUCGGCAUGAUUCGGGAGGGCCGUGACAUCUACGGCCAUAUCGAUUUCCUCCACGAGGUCGCCUGGGUACAGGUACUUGUCGCCAGCAACCCGUACUUACGGACCAUCAUGGGAUCGAAUGUCGUGCUCAGCUUGCUUGGGCCGAAGCCGGGAGACAAGAAGGGAGCUGGGAGGAUGUGGCGGAUCGCGAAGCCGAUUGUGGCGAAACGGUUUCGGCCGGAUGCCAAAGACCAACCGGACAUGCUAGUUCAGCGGGACCUACUGACGCCUCGAAACCCGUCCCAACACAAACAGGGCUCCUUCAUCCGCCACGGUCUGGACCAGCGCCAAUGCGAGACAGAAGCCCUCUUCCAAAUCAUCGCCGGCUCCGAUACCACGGCCACGGCGAUUCGCUGCACGAUGCUCUACCUCAUGAGCACGCCGCGCGCCUACCGCGCCCUGCAGGCCGAGAUCGACCAGGGCAUCAAGGGCGGCAGGAUCUCCAGCCCCAUUACCAACGCCGAGGCCAACGAGCUGCCCUAUCUUCAGGGCGUCAUCCUCGAGAACCUCCGGCUCUACCCGCCCUUCACAGGCAUCCCCUUCAAGGUCGUGCCGCCAGGCGGCGAAACCAUCGAGGGCAAGCACGUGCCUGCCGGGACGCUGAUCGCGCCCAACAUGUGGUCGCUGGGGCGUAACAAGGACGUCUUCGGCCCCGACGCAGACGUGUUCCGCCCCGAGCGGUGGCUAGACAAGUCAGUGUCCCCGGAGGAGAGGGCCGAGAUGCGGCGGGUGGUGGAGCUGGUGUUUGGCUAUGGCCGGUGGGGGUGCGCCGGGAAGAUGAUUGCUUUCCUCGAGUUGAACAAGGUGUUCGUUGAGCACGACAUGUGGGUUGCUGUCUCGUUGCGGGAGGAGCCGCAGUCUGAGAAGUACUAG